AAAUCGCGUCGAUUAUGUGUUCCACGAAUAAAACCAACUUCUAAUAGACGCAUCCGAUGAAGGCAUCCACCUUCGAUGAAUCGUGCUCGGACUCUGUCCUCUUGGCAAUGGACACCGUCCGGGAUCGCUCGACAAGCUUGCGUGGGCCUUUGUGUAACGCCUUCAACAAUAUUCAACAGUUUUGAUUGUUUAGACGAGUGCAUACAAUGUUAUCGUGAAGCCGCCAUUUUUUGUACAAAGAAGCGCUGCGCCUGCGCCCUGUUGGGCACAGUCACCGCAGCAGAGCAGUACUAUCAUACAUCUACAUUGGAGGCCUAUAACACAUAUUUUGACCUUCUUGCCGGUAAUUUGGCAACACGAUCAUUGACAAUUUCACGGCGCGAAGUUGCCACUGCCUUCAUCAGUGCCAGAUCACUCCCUGUAGAUGCGGCAUCCGCCGUGACGAUCUAUGACACGCAGAUGAACUCGUGGAGCAGGAUCGUGGCCAGCGGUGGUCGUUGUCCUCGCCUGAGGAAGAUCUCGAGUUCACGAGUUUCAACCUAGCCCACAAGUUCUCAGAGCUCAACAAGGUUUCUGAUGCUCAAUGUUCCGGGUCAGCACUCUACGCAGCUCAUCCCUUUCGAACGAAGGCAGACGGACGUGGGCGGGAACUAUUACAUCUGUUCUUACUC